CACUUCUCAACAACCCAACAAAACCCCAACUCCCAACACCAUGUCCUGCUGUAUUGCCCGCUGCUGCAGCGUUCCCACCGGCCCUGCCACCACCAUCUGCUCCUCAGACAAGUCCUGCCGCUGUGGAGUCUGCCUGCCCAGCACCUGCCCCCACCAGCUCCACCUCCUUGGGCCCGUCUGCUGCGACAACUGUCCUCCACCCUGCUGUCAGCCUGAUACCUAUGUGCCAACCUGCUGGCUGCUCAACUCUUCCCACCAAACUCCUGGCCUGAGCGGGAUCAACCUGAUGACCCACGUUCAGUGUGGCUGUGAAAACCCCUGUGAGCCCUGCUAAGCAGCCAAGUCUUCCACUGGUGCAGUGACGUGGCUGCUCAGCGGCAUCCACCGCAGCUGGCCUUCAGCACUUGCUCCUGCCUGCAUCAGAGCUACAUCAAUCCCCACUGCCAGGGCCGAGUCUUAAGGAUUUGGCCGACUUCUUACCGCCUGGCUUCUCUGGUUUAGUGGGACACCUCCUUCUUUUAGGCGAUUUCACUGCUCUUUGAGAAAUGACCAUUUUUGACUCUUCGCUAAUAAACUUCAUUCUGACUUAGCAAA